CUUUGGAUUGGUUUAUGAUGAACUGGGAAGCUUUUAAAACCUUGACUGGAUUAGAAACAGCCGGUCCGAUCUGGCACGCUGUGCGCUGAGUUCGCUCCUUCCUGCUUCCUUCCUUCUCACUGUGCGCUUGAAGCACUGCAGACUCACAGCCCAGUUUUUGCACUGCAACAUCUCCGUUCUGUACGAGGAUGCUUUUACACACUGACAGAGUUUCACCUUUGGAUUUAUAUUUCUCGUGAAGAGAUGGGACUUUAGACGGAUUCUUUGCUUGGCUUUUUUUUUUCUUUUUUUUUUUUUCCUUUCAUUGGCGAUCGAGACAUUUUUGGUGAUGGUAUUAGAGCAUUUGGCGCGGAUGCGCUCUUUUUCUCGCCUGCUACCUUUCCCUGGGACAAGUCAUUUGGAUAUGUGAAGGAGCUUGAAGUAUGGCAUGCAAAAGAUGGUCUCGGCCAAGAAGGAGACGGUGAUUGCAAUGUGCCCCACUUACAUCUCCACACUCUUCUACUUUCUGUGCGUUACGGCUUGCAUUAAGAGAAUCUCAGGUCAGGUAAAGAGGGAUGAGAAGUUAUACCCCGAAAAUUUCACCAAGAUCUUAGACCAACUUCUGGAGGGUUAUGACAGCAGACUGCGCCCUGGAUUCGGCGGUCCGGUGACUGAGGUGAAGACUGGUAUCUACGUUACUAGUUUUGGCCCAGUAUCUGAUGUGGAAAUGGAGUACACAAUAGAUGUGUUUUUCCGACAGACGUGGGAGGACCGGAGGUUGAGGUAUGAGGGACCAAUCGAGAUUUUGCGACUAAACAACCUAAUGGUGACCAAAGUGUGGACUCCGGAUACCUUCUUCAGGAACGGAAAAAGAUCUGUGGCUCAUAAUAUGACUGCACCAAACAAACUCUUCCGCAUAAUGAAAAAUGGCACAAUCCUUUACACCAUGAGGCUGACAAUCAGUGCAGAGUGUCCAAUGAAGCUAGUGGAUUUUCCUAUGGAUGGCCAUUCCUGUCCACUUAAGUUUGGCAGCUAUGCUUACCCUAAGACUGAGAUGAUCUACACAUGGACCAAGCACUCUGUGGAAGUUCCUCCUGAAUCAUCCAGCCUUGUUCAGUAUGAUCUGAUUGGACAAACUGUCUCCAGUGAAACAGUCAAAUCUAUUACAGGUGAAUAUGUCGUGAUGACUGUCUAUUUCCACUUGAAACGGAAAAUGGGCUACUUCAUGAUUCAAACGUACAUCCCAUGCAUCAUGACAGUAAUCCUUUCCCAAGUGUCUUUCUGGAUAAAUAAGGAAUCUGUGCCUGCCAGAACUGUCUUCGGUAUCACCACAGUUCUCACCAUGACCACUCUGAGCAUCAGCGCCCGUCAUUCUCUGCCUAAGGUCUCCUAUGCUACAGCCAUGGACUGGUUUAUUGCCGUGUGUUUCGCCUUCGUUUUUUCGGCCCUCAUCGAGUUUGCUGCUGUGAACUAUUUCACCAACGUGCAAGCGGAACGAGCGAAGAAGAAAGCAGCCAAAAAUGCUGUCACUGCAGCUGCCAACAGCUCCAUACCAUCAGGCAAGGGCAAGGACACUAAGGAGAUUCUACAGCAAAACUCAGACACUAAUGGCAACCUACGCAAACGUGUAAACUCCACGACUCAGUCUCAGCCCGACCCUAAGGGCAGCCAAAGAAAUGAAUCCUGCAGCAGGAGCUCUAUGGCUGUUUCCAAAGAGCUCCAGACAAGCCAAUUAUCCUCCAGCUCAAGCGCAACAGACAGCCCCUCAGGCCAAACACGACCCCAUCCCAAAUCCUUCACCCAAUCCAAAGCACUCAUUCCAGCUUCAGCUUCCAAAACCACUCCCCCUGCUCCGCCUUCAGUGCCAACAGUCCCUGAGCUCUCGUCAGCCAACACACCCACCAGCUCUGGUUCUCUUCACCAUCUUCUAGUCCCAAAGUUGGAGAAUAUGCAGAAAACAGAAACCAAGGCCACAUCCAGUGCUCAGCCUGCAGCUUCUAUGGGCGGGGCAAGCAAGAUUGAUAAGUAUGCACGCAUCCUUUUCCCAGUCUCCUUUGGGGCAUUUAACAUGGUGUACUGGGUGGUAUACUUAUCCAAAGACACAAUGGAAGCAAAAGGAGCCUAAUCACAGAAUUUUCUGAUUUUGUCACAUUUCUUGAAGCCAAACUGCAGAUAAAGGGCACAAUAUCCCUCCAAGGAUUGCGUCAAGCAAAUUCAACACAAUCUCUUGAAUCUUCUAUCAAUGAAUGGACAAAAAAAAUAGCCUGGACAAGCACCUCAGAUGAUCAUCUGGGUAACAUAAUACCAAAAUCUUUUAGAGGUUGUCAAUGAGUCUUUUCACUGAAUGAGCAUGUGGAUAUUUAAAUACAGUCUUAGAUUUACUGGCCCUUUGUAAAACUGGUCAUAAAAUGGCAGACACAUUUUUAUCGAACACGUAGGUGUAGGGAUAUUGCCACUGAAAAUGAAAAGAUAAAAGGAAAACCAUUACAAUUUCAUCUAUUUUUCUAUUAGUAUGUGUGUGUUUUCUGGCAAAUCUCCUUCGAAACCACAAUUUGUUUUCAUGUUGAGACACAUUUGUAUGUGUUAACAGUUAACAGGCUGUCUGAUGGAUGUUGUCAGCAGUGAGGAAUUUACUCAUGAGGAACUUGCUUUGUGUGGGCAGAUAUCCGAACAUCAAUAGCCAAUCUGUAUGCAUGUCUUUUAUUUCUCUCAGAGAACUCACUAGCUAGUUUAUAAUUUAUUUUCUUUCUACUUUAAGUAUUGUGCUUUUUAAUUUUUGCAUUGAAUGUUGCACAGGCAUUUUACAUCUCCACAAAUUAAAUGGCCACCUGGCACCAGUUUGCACCACAAUAUUUUUGUUAGCUUUUACAAAUCCCUUACUAUAUAAUGUUUUUAUUUUCUUCCAUGAAAUAGUGGUUCGCUGGAAGUGUGUAACAUUGAUGAAUGAUGAAUGACAGCAUGGAUAGAUAUACAGAUCCCAUAUCGCAUAUGAGUAGGAAGCAUUGACAUGUGCUGCGAGUGUCCAUACUAACAAUAUGUAUUAUGUAUGACAUUAAUAUUAUGUUUAAAUAAUUAUCCAUUUUCUAAACAUGUGCGAUGCAAAUUUACUGCAUUAUAAGAAUAUAAUCUUCAUUAACCAUAAGAUGCUAGGCCUUAUUGACAUUUUGGUGACUAACAUUCCCAUUAUUUUGGAUAUGUAGGAACAUUAUAUGGCUUUUCUGGAACCAUUAUUUGUUACAGCCUCCAGUUACUUGGUCAUUAACUCUCAAACCCAUGACUGGUUUUCCAGCCUAUUACCAGCACCAGCCUUGAGUCAGCAGGCCUAUACUUCAUCACAUCCUUUAAUCAUACCCAUAUUGAUCAUCCGGCCAUUACCAAAACAGCCCAACAUCCUUCAUUCAGCUAAUUUAAUCUAAAAUGAGAAUGCAUUUUGCAUUCCUAACCCCAAGCCAGUAACAAUGAAUCAUUUUAUUAUGAAGAUUUUUCCUCCAUUACUAAGAGAAAGGGGAAAAAAAUAAGAGGUUCUCUUUGUGGUUUUGUUUUUAUGCUUCUGUUCCUGUUUUUUUUUUUCCUUCUAUGCUCUAUUUCAGUUCCUGGCCUAGAGGCUAAGCAUAAAACAGGGCAUUUAGUAGUGGAGGGUCCCUGGGGGGAUGGCACGCUGUUCCAGACACUUACCUCUACUACACUUAUAAAAGGCACCAGAGGGCUUAUUACAUUUCAUACCCUUUCCGUUUCUUUUCAGUUUGACAUUUCUCACCACACUCUUCCUCUCACUUACUUUCAUUUUCUGUGUGGAUGUGUAAAUAGAGGACAUUCUCUGUGUAGUUUGUGGACAAAGCUAUCAGCAGAUUGAUGGAGCAUUCCAAAAGUCUGCUAUUUCUGCCUUCUCCGGAAGUGCACUUGAGUGUGAAAUUGACUUUGUGCCCUUGCUUUCACCCCUCCUAAAAAUAUUCUCUCUCUUUUUCCUCAAACACACACUCAUUCACACAAUCACUCAUUCACAGACAGACAUUAAAUUCUCGUUAACCUGCCAGCCUCUGGUGUACUUCCUAUUUUUGUUUUUUCUGUCUAAACAACUGAUGCUAAUAUGGAUCACAGUGGAGUCACAAUGCAAUUGAAAGAUUUUUAAUAUGACUAUUCAGCCAUUAUUUUAGUCUCUCCUUUGUAGACUGGAACAGUUUGUGGUAAAGGCCUGGGUCUAUGUACUUAACAGACUGCAAGGGCUAUUUUCUCACAAUUCUUUCACCUACAAUGUAGUGCUUAAGUUGAUUCAUUAGGCUGUAAUUGGCUUGUUUAAACUCAGUGCAGCUUAAUAUAAUUUCUGUUUUCAAAGUAUUUUAGCUACAAUUGCCCACAGAUUAUUUCAUCUAUGAUGUCACAGUUUUGUGUUAACAUGAUAAAUUGAUCAGCUUUAGAUAAGUUCUGUUUUUCCUAAAAAAAAAAAAAUUCUUGCUUCUUUACAAUGUUGUCUCUCUUUAUGCCACUUUUUUAAAAAUCAGAAAUGGUAUUGCCCUGUAAAUUCUACCCAGAAUGCUCUCUGCAUGCUCUCAGACAGAUGGGGGACAUCUUCUCUUAUAGUUCUACCACUGCCACUCGAAUAGCAGAGGACAUAUAAGAAUCUUCCUUGGUAAAACUGUACUCAGUGUACCCUGCAGAGUGUAGUGUGCAAAUACUGUAGUCUCUCCUUGGAUUGCACAAAAAGAGGGGGAAGAGAAUAACCAAACCGAGGACUGAACAUGGAUUAUCCUUUUUCAUAAAGACUCUCUUUUGUGAGGGCAUGCUACAACCAGAGGAGUAAUCAAUGCUUCCUAUACAUAAUAUCAAUAAUAAAAUGUCUUUGUAAAAAGAAAAAAAGGAUCAUAUACACCUUGUGUUUUGGAGUCAAAAAUGAUCAUUUAAUAUUGCCCUAUGCAAGGUAAUUUACCUUAGAACUGUUGUAAAGAGCAGCCACCUCACCGUGUUUCUAAAGAUGGGGUCAUCAUGAAAGUUAAAAUAAA